GCUGUGAACGCCAUCUACUCAUUGGGCCUGCGCAGUGUGAGACUGACGGCGGGCAAGAUGGCUGCUCCUGCGGCCGGUGUGGGCCGGCUAGAGGAAGAAGCGCUGCGGCGGAAGGAACGGCUGAAGGCCCUACGGGAGAAGACCGGGCGCAAGGACAAGGAAGAUGCGGAGCCCAAGACCAAGCAGCUUAGAGAAGGGGAGGAGGAGGGCGAGAAGCACAGGGAACUCCGGCUGCGCAACUACGUCCCCGAGGAUGAGGACCUGAAGAGGAGGAGGGUGCCCCAGGCCAAGCCCGUGGCAGUGGAAGAGAAGGUGAGGGAGCAGCUGGAGGCGGCCAAGCCCGAGCCCAUCAUCGAGGAAGUGGACCUGGCCAACCUCGCACCCCGGAAGCCUGACUGGGACCUCAAGAGAGACGUCGCCAAGAAGCUGGAGAAGCUGGAGAAGCGGACCCAGAGGGCCAUCGCCGAGCUGAUCCGGGAGAGGCUGAAAGGCCAGGAGGACAGCCUGGCCUCUGCAGUGGGCGCCACCAACGAACAAGAGGCCUGCGACUCGGACUGAGCUGCUGUGGGAGGAAGGCCCUGUGCAGGCUGGGCUGAGCUGGCCAUCACUCCCCUUUGCCUUCAGAGCAGCGGCUCCCACCCUGUCAGGGAGCCCGCCCUGGGGAGUCAGCUCCUUGUCUCCCGAGAGGUCCCACCUCGGAGUGGGGGAGAGCAGAGCAGCUGUGUGGGCCUGCGCACGUCUGUACGCCUGUCUGUAUUGUGGACUUUUCCCCGUAAAUAGAAUUAAGCAGACCCGUGUGUGGCAGAGAUCUAUCCAGUAUUGCCUGGGUUCUUGGGGUACUUGGGUUUGGGACCCAGACAGAGUGUAUAGGGGUGAUGCUGGAUUGACGGAGCCCUGUGUGGGGCUGAGCAUGUGUGCUGUCCUUCUGGGCUGGGCAGCGGGCAUCUCCGAGCCCUGAGGGACAGAGUCAGUCCUGGGACCUGUGGGGGCCAGGCCUGCAGCGUUCCGUGGGGCAGCGGAGCCCCUCACAGUGGGAGAGGGAGGAGCCCGGGCCCAGCAGCGGUCAGCUCGGACGCAUUGCCACCACGGCUGGAACCGAGGUUCUGUGGAAAAGGAGCAGAAAGGAUGCUGCGAGGGCAGCCGGCAGGGCCUGCCACCAGCAGCAGGAAGAAGUGGUGAGCAAAGAUUGGCAGACAUUGCAAAAUUCAACAUGGACCUGGCAAGACAGAGAUAGCAGCAAAAAAAGACACAAUUAAUAUAAAUAUUAGGAGUGAAAUAAGUGAUCACUAUGGGUUCCCCAGACUAAGGACAGGAAGGGGUGAGUUUGACAGGCUGAUGAAAUGAGCCAAUCCUUGUAAAGCACAGACUGCCACAGUUCACUCCAGAUGAAGGAGAUGGCUUGCAUAGCUCUGUAACCAUUAAAGACCCUGAAUUCAUGAUUAAAAACCUUGAAAAAUCUCCAAGCCCAGGUGUUUUUACUGGAGAGUUAAUGUACAGGUUUAAUGCAACUCCAAUAAAUCCCAAUAAGAUCUUAAAUAUAGACAGGAUUAUUGUAAAAUGUAUCAGGAGCCCUGACCGUUGACUCAGUGGACAGAGUGUCAGCCGAGGAAUGAGGGUUCCCAGGUUUGAUUCCGGUCCAGGGCUCACACCUUGGUUACAGGCUCUAUCUCUGGCCCCAGUCCGGACACGUGUGGGCAGCCAAUCCAUGUGUCUCACAUCGAUGUUUCUCUGCCUCCCCCUCAUCCCCUUCAACUCCCUAAAAAUCGAUGGAAAAAAUAUCCUCAUGAGGAUUAACAAAAAAGUGAAAUAUAUCAGGAAAGGCAAAAGAACUAGAACAGCUCAGACGCUCACUAGAAGACUAAAGCAUGAGGAGUCUUGAACCAUCCGGGAGAGGAGGGAAGGCAGGCACACAUCACGGAGGAGACGGGGUCGUCAGAAGUGGCCACUCACGUCUGACAAAGGUGCACGUGAGCUCCGCGGAGGAGACGGUCUCCAGCGUGUGUGCCGGAGCGACGGGGCAGCACAGGCGAGAGGAGCCCCAGCCUGAGCCUUGGCUGAAACUAACGAGGGCCAGAGAUUGACAUGUAAAAUGUGAAACUAUCACAGCGCUCAGGAGAAAACCUUCAGGACCCUGAGCUUGGUAAAGAAUUCUUAAGACAUGAGACCAAAAGCACAAUCCAUAAAGGUAUAUUGUGAAAUGUGACUUAACCAACUGGAAACGCUUCUGCUCCAACAGAGUCUUAGAGAAUGAAAAGCUGCAGACAAAAUAUUUGCAAAGCGUGUAUCUGAUAAAGGCCUCCCAAGAGGAACAUAAUAAGGAAUUACCAAAAUGCACCAGUGAAAGGGGAGGAAAGCCCGAUAGAAAAUGG